GGGAACCAAGUGAGAUACGCGGCAGUGCGGCUGAUAAGUUCACUUUCAAGUGCUGUUCGUACAAUGUAAGGGAAAUGUCAGAAACAAGCUCUGAUUGGGUGGAGAUCCUGGAGCCCCGCUCCCGAGAGCACAUGUACGUCAAUCUGUCCACGGGGGAGUGUGGUUGGGACCCCCCCGCCAACAUGGCGGUGCGCCAGUCUGACGGCAACCAGUGGUGGGAGCUCUUCGACAGCAACAACGGCCGCUUCUACUACUACAACUCGUUGAGCCGGCAGACGGUGUGGCACCGCCCGCGGAACUGCGACGUCGUGCCGCUGGCCCAGCUGCAGGCGCGGAAGCAAAGCUCCGAGUCCCAGCUCCGCGGCCACAGCCUCCAGCCGAACCCACACGCUGCAGCCAGCGGGGGGCGCCGCACACCCCUUCCUGGGCACAGCCCCUCCCCUGUGCCCCCGCCACUGGAUCAGGAAAACUGCGGCAGGGAGACCUCCGCCAAGGGGCGAAGUGACAGCAUGGACAGCAGGAAGGACGUGCUGAGGGACUCUGCUCAGAGAUGGCAGCCUGCUCCAGGGUCGAAGGCGGCCAUGUUGGUGAAGGUCAACAGCAUUGGCAGGAAUCAGACUGCAGGACCCCUUAAGGCUGCACAGCUCCUUCCUAGCAGCUCUAGCAACACCCUCUCAGCCAAUCCCAUCAGCAGCAAGCCAGCAGGAAGCCGCACAAGCCCCACCCCCUCUAGCGGCAUGGCUCUGGCCCCAAGCUGCAAGCAGGCGCUCCACCUUAAGAAGGCGGAGGAUGGGCAUUUCUGCCCCAUCGACCACACGAGCGCUGCCUCUGGCCAUGCUUACCCGACCCCCCACAGGGCCCGGACAGGAACACCACGCCCUGCAUCGCCCCAGCACGGCUCCACCGCGCCUGUCUACGACGACCCCCCAAUGGAGUCGCCCGUUUACGAAGAGCCCCCUGCGGAGAUGGAGGUGGAGGGGGGCCACCUGCAGGACGCUUCCCGCCAGGCCCACUUCGGCUCGCAGAGCCACGCCCGGCACUCCCGGGCGCAGCAGCCUGCCCCUCUCUCUCACCCGGACACCUGGCACGGGCGGAGCCCCUCCCACGCGGACUACAGCCCCGCCGGCCGGGAGUGCAUAAAGCACAUGGUCAACGUGGAGCCUGGUGGCUCCAAGCAGGGAGCCCCGCCCUCACCCGGCUCGCCCGCGCCGCCCGAGCGGCCGCCCCCGCAGAGGGAGGCCCGGCUGGAGAGGAAGCAGACGUGGCGGACCCUGGAGGCCAGCCUGCUGCGGGGCAUGGAGGCGCGGCAGAGCCGGCAGGGGAGCCUGGUGUCGCCGGAGUGCCUGUCGGCCGGCGCCCCGCUGCACUGCCAGGACUCGGGCUACUCGACGGGGCCGUCGCCCAGCCUGCGCCGGCGGAGCCGCCGCCGCCCGCCCGCGGGACAGGCCCGGCCCGGCUCCACGGGCAGCGGCGGAGAGCUGGACGCCCUCAGCGAGCGGCUGAUGGCGGAGGUGCGCGCGGCGGUCAGCCGCUCCAGCACCAUGCGGGAGAGCAAGGCCAGCCUGGACGCCGACGCCUCUGAGAGCUCCGCCCCCCGCGCGCGCUCGCCGCUCGGCUCCCUGCGGAGGUACGCCGGACGCGGAGGCGGCGGAUCCCGGGAGGACAUCGCUGCAAGCAACCGCUCCCUGUGUCGGGGGGGUAACCACGGCGACACGCCCCUCUCCCCCCUGGCCUACGAGGCACCUGGCAGGCAGAAACGAACCCAUGAGAAGGUGGACACCCUGGAGAAGAUCAGCCUAUCUUCACCCACACAGAUUGGAACACUGGAAACCCAGGCCCAGGUGGAAACUGAAACUCGAGGGGGCCCCCAGGGUGUCGUGGGCAGAGAUGUGGGCGGAGUAAGAGGAGGGGGAGGAGGAGGGUACCAUUUCACCUUCUCCACCCUUUGCAAGCCGCCGCCGCCGCCGCCCGACGCCAACAUGGCAGACUGGGCCAGCAAGAACCUGAACAUGCACACGCAGGGCCUGUUCCGCCGGCGCGUCUCCAUCGCCAACAUGCUGUCCUGGAACCGGGCCUCCAUCAAGAAGCCCAUGCUGAUCACCAGCGACCGCACUAUCAAGAAGGAGGCCUGCGACAUGUUCAAGCUGGUGCAGGUCUACAUGGGCGACCGGCCCGCCCGCCUAGACCGCCGCCACGUGGCCCUGCUCAUCGUCACCAAGUGCUGGGUGGUGCCGGGCCUGCGCGACGAGCUCUACGUGCAGCUGGUGCGGCAGACCACCGACAACCUGUGCCCCCGCAGCCUGGCGGCCGGCUGGGAGCUCAUGGCCAUCUGCCUGGCCUUCUUCUCGCCCUCGCCCAAGUUCCGCCGCUACCUGGAGGGCUACAUCCAGAGGCAUCUGGAUGCGGGCCCCACCCAGAAACACGAGUCUCUCACCAAGGCCGAGGUUACACAAUACAUAACGGAGCAGCAGAACAUGCGAAAUAAGAAGAACUCUAAAUCCCGGAAAAAGAGGAAACAGAACGCAGAGGAAGAGGAGGCUCUUCCCAUCAGCAUCUACGCAAAGUACUGCUACCGCCAACUACAGAAAGUGGCCGUCAGCGGGGGGAAAAAGGGUCUCCGUAAGCCCACGCUGGAGGAGAUCCACCACGGCAGGAGCGCCAUCCUGACGCCCUCGCUGUUCGGCAGCUCCCUGGAGGAGAUCAUGGAGCGGCAGCGGCAGCUCUUCCCCGACAGGAAGCUGCCCUGGGUGCAGACGCAGCUGUCGCAGUGCGUGUUGGCGCUGGGCGGGGCGCACACCGAGGGCAUCUUCAGGGUGCCGGGAGACAUCGAUGAGGUGAAUGCUCUGAAGCUGCAAGUUGACCAGUGGAAAAUUCCGGAAAAUCUGUCUGACCCAAACGUCCCAGCCUCUCUGCUGAAGCUGUGGUAUCGAGAGCUGGAGGAGCCUCUGAUUCCCAUGGGCUUCUACAGGCAGUGCAUUAGUAACUAUGAGGACCCACAGGCAGCCAUCGGCGUGGUGCAGUCCCUGCCAGAGCUCAACCGGCUGGUGCUCUGCUUCUUCAUCCACUUCCUGCAGGUUUUUGCCCAGCCAGUGAAUGUGAGUAAGACCAAGAUGGAUGUCAACAACUUGGCCAUGGUGAUGGCUCCCAACUGCCUGCGCUGCCAGUCUGACGACCCGCGGGUCAUCUUUGAGAACACGCGCAAGGAGAUGUCCUUUCUGCGCCUGCUCAUCGUUCACCUGGACACCAGCUUCAUCGAGGGCGUGGUGUGAGGGGCGGUCUGGCCGACCUGCGUCGUUGCCCUCUCUCUCUAGCACUACUUCAUUGCCCGGGUGUCCCCGAAGACACUCCGCUUUACCUGGGCUCCUCAUUUUGAACGGGACUCAAUCAGGACUGAGGUUAUUUUCCUCCCUGGAUAAGCGUCUGUCCAAACGCUGGACUGUGUUUUGUGAUAAAAUUCCACAUAUGACAUGCACUGUAAAACUGAAGCGCAAACAAUGGUGGAGUAAAAAAGCAGUUAGGGCAGUUAUUUCUAAAAUACUCACUGGCUAAUACAGAAAAACUGACCACAGCUGUGAAAUGAUAAAUAUGUCAGAUAAGUUUUUUAUUGGGGUUAUUGAGGGGGGUCGAUAUUCAUGUAAUUUUUUAAAAUGUGUUCAAGAAAUUGUUGUCGUCUUAUUCUACUUUGAUUCUGAAUGGUUUUGUUUUAAUUCUGGGCGAAAGAGCAGGAUGGCAGGAUGGCAUGGUGACAUAGCCAUGGCCCAUCCCCUUUGUUAUAUGCUACAAGGAGCUCCGGUUGAGUCCUGCCAUUAGGAAACACUGGGAAUCAGAGGCAUACUGCCAGAAUACGAAGAAUGCUGUUCUUUGGAAAACACUGCUUAUUUCUUCACAUCGGCAUUAUUGUAAUGGUCAUGGACCCCCAAUUGUUUUAGCUGGGAGAGAAGACUCUUAAAAAUCUGUCUGGCCCUCUUUACAUCUGUUGGACACACAGUCAGCUCUGUAAAUGCCUUGUUGUACUGUCAUGGUGUCCAACGAAUGGCAAGAGUGUUUCACAAAUAACAAAUUUAAGCCUACAGUAGAUAAUGAUACUUUUAUUAAACGGGGGCCAUAAUACGGCUUCAUUUUUUCAGAGCCCUUUCCAAAGCACAAUACAGGAAACCGUUGUACAUAUAAAAUAAUUUGUAAAAAAAAAAAAAAAACUAAAAAUACUCAUUUUAGGUUUUGUAUAUCAGCGAUAACGAAUGUAAGAGCAUAUGAGAGCGCUCCUCUUUAAUCACAGUGCGCUUGGACAGUUACAACUGUGGAUACAAGAGCCAUACCUAAAAAUCACCGUUUUGAUUUUCUGUCAGAAUGCUGAAAAAAAGGUAUUUUUGGAAACUGACUUUGUGCCUAAAAGAAGAAAAAGAUAUUGAAAUGUAUAUUUCAGCUGCUUCGUUAACAGAUGCACCUUUGAGUGGCAUUGUUUUGUAUCAAGCAGCGGUAAAGGUUUGAGGGUUUAUGCCACUGAUUUGUGGAAUUUUCUGUAUAUGCCACACCAAUGGAUGUGUCAGAUCUGUCACAGUCUGCUCAAAGGAAACUGACCUGUUAUUUCACUCAGCUCUGUGUAUGUGUGUGUGCGUGUGUGCGUGUGCACAUUGAGAGGUAAAUUGCUGUCACGUUGCAGAAAGUUCCGCCCUGCCUUUCCUUUAGCGCUCCUCUCAUUGGUGCAGUCUUUUUCUCUUCUGUGGUUGUGUUAUAUUUAAUGUAUGCAGGGGAAUGUGAAAAGAAGCUGAAAGCUUGACUAGCCUGCGCUCUGAAGUUUUGCUCACUUUCUGGAGCUCUCCUUCCCUCUGAAUUCUGGGAAAUCAAAUCCAGAGGCUGGCAUGCUUAGGAGUUCCAUUCAUGUGAAUACAGCCUGUGAAUAGAGAAAUGGUGAACACAACUUGUAAAUAGUCAAUUACUGUAUUUGCUAAUUGAGGACAUUAAAUGUUUUUUCAUUGUUUUAUUUGCCAUAUGGUGCCUGUCUUCAUGGCAACCACUUUUCAUUAUUUUAUUGUUGUAUAAUUAUUCCCCUAUAGAAUGAUUUUUGGUGAAGCUUGUUAAAAAAAGCUAAUUGUAUUGCAUGGUUUGAACUGUGCUUUAGUGACCACAGUUACUCAACAAAAGGUCAUCCUUCUGUGAUGUGUCUUAGCUUCUGGUGCCUGAUACUCUCUGUUGUUCAUAGACAUGAAUGCUUGUGGCUCUCGCUGUAAAUGCAGAUUUUAGGUAUGUUUUCAGUGUCUGUGUGCGCGUGUGUGCAUGUGUGUGCGUGCGUGUGCGUGUGUGUGUAUGCGUGUGUGCACACGCAUGUGCUUGCAUGAGAUGAGAAGAUAUCCAAGUAAAAGUUGAUGAGAAUGUGGAUACAUUCA